UUUGUCACUCACUCCACCCCAUCAGCACGCUCUUCCUCUCCCCACCCAAUCUGUAUAUACCCUAUCUCUUUCCUCUUUCUCUUCACUCACCCCACUGCACCGUCUUGACGCGUUUCUCUUGCUUUUAUCACACUUGUGCUCUCUCUACUGACACUUUUUUCAGGCUUUUCCUCACCCUCACAACACUCCCUUCUUAUCUCUUCUUAUAGUACUUACCAUAUUUUGUUUUCACCAAGAAACACACAAACAAACAAUACAUCUCUCUCUUCUUUCACAACCGUCUCUGAUCACCACCCAGCACUAUUCCAUAGAUCAAGUUCACCACUCCUUUCGUCUCCUUCUGAUUAUGGAUACCUUUUUCACCUACACUCCCACCACCACCACCACCACCACCAACACAAACACCAUGAACUUUCCUUCAACCACCACCAACACCACUACUGCUGCUGCUUCAUCUACAUCAUCAAUGCCGUCCUCUCAGUAUUAUUUUCCACCUCAUGAUGAAACUCAAACCCUGAUGCAAUUCCCAUACGCAUAUCCUUUGGAGCUAGUGCAGGCCGGUCAGCAAGGCGAGGCAUUCACAUACCCUUCGUAUCCUUUCGUAAUUGGCACGAAUUCUUCACAGCCGCAUUUGGUACCCGAUGAGCAACAGCAAGAGAGAAGGCUUGUGGAUGCUUGGACCACCAAGGUUGCGAGAUGUAAGCGCAAAAUGGCACGCCAAAAGAGCCUUUGUUUGACCAAAGAUCCUGCUUCUUGGGCUUCCUCGACUCAGAUGAAUACACAAGGACUAGCCGUGUAUGAUGCUGAUCAUGUGCAGAACGUCAACAACGUGAAUGAAGAUCCCUACACUUUCCGCACUCCAGAUAAUAAGAGGCUGAGAUUUUUGCUAAAAAAGGAGUUGAAGAAUAGUGAUGUUGGGUCUUUGGGCAGGAUCGUUCUUCCAAAGAGAGAAGCAGAGGAAAACCUUCCAAUCCUCUCUGAUAAAGAUGGAAUCCAAAUUGUAAUCCAAGAUGCGUAUUCUAACCAAGCGUGGAUUAUGAAAUACAAGUAUUGGUUAAAUAAUAAGAGCAGAAUGUAUGUUCUUGAAAAUACGGUGGAUUUUGUAAAACAAAAUGGGCUGGCGAUUGGAGAUUCCAUUACUCUCUAUGAGGACGAACUCAAGAAUCUCUAUUUCUCCAUUAAAAAGGUUGACAAACCAGUAAAUGAGCCCUUAUACAAACAACAAUAUACGAACCUCGGCAUCAACUGCAACAACUUUUCUGCACCUUUUAUGCACGAGUCUAGGGAUGAGGAAGAAGCAUCUUUAGCAUUGCUAAUAGAGCAACUCAGGCACCAGGAAGAACAAGACGCUAACAGCCUUGCAACUUUGCCUAUCGGAGGCACUUCUUCGCAUAGUCGGCUCAUUUAAUCAAUUAGUAGGCUGCUCAAAAAAAUUGUCCCAUUUAUCUUAUGAACAAUCUCUAGCAAAGCCAUUUUCAAACAAAAGUAAAACAACUUGAUUUUC